AUACAUUCAUAAUAGAUCCUUUCUAUUGGUUACUUAUUCAAUCGUAUAUAACAUUGACAAAAAAAAAUAUAAAUUGGUGAUUGUCAAUGUAUAUAUUAUACUACUUAAUACAUAAAUUUGUCCGUCUAUCAAAAUUUUGUUCAUAUUUAACUUGACCUUAUGAGAAAUGUAUAUUAUGAUGAUUGUACGUAGGUGAUAUACUCUCUUAUCUAAUUUAUGAUUAUUCAUAUUUAUGUUUAUUUAUUACAAACAACUAUACAAUAAAUAGUGUAUAAACUUACAAAAAUUCUAUAAUUGGAAACAUUAGUACAUAGAUUACCUAGUGUCUACGUUUAAAAGAAAAGAAAAUAGAAUUUACAGUGAUAAUAGUUGCAUAGCAACAACAACCGCAUCAGCAACCAAGUCAGCAACCACAUCAGCAACCGUAUCAGCAACCGAGUCAGCAACCACAUCAGCAACCGUAUCAGCAACCGUAUCAGCAUCCGCGUCAGCAAUUGUAAUAUUGAUCUAUUACAUUGGAAUUACUUUUAACACAUUAACAUUAUCUAACAGGAAACAAUCAUUAACUCAAUUCAUAAUAAAACAAAAAUAACACAUUCUGUAUCAUCAAUUUGGAUAUAUUAACAUCUAUCUUAAGUGCUUGUCUAUAUAAACAUAUAAUUCUAUAUAAUAAAUAACAAUUUAUUGAAAUAUGGGAUCUAAAUUGUCAUGUAUGUCUAAACAAUCUGAAAAUAAUGGAAAAAUACCAAAAUCAAAGAAACCAAAAUUACUUACUAAAGAUGAAGCAACAAACGAGGUAGUUACAGUGACAACAAAGGUUAUUGAAGAUAAAUCAGAACCUCCUAUAACCAUUGACGAAUCAAUCAAUCAUCAUAUUAUACCUAAUGAUAAUGAAACAAUUAAAUUACGUUCUCAUAUAUCUAUAUUAGAACCAGCACCAUCUAAUUAUGAAUUACCUAAACCAUUAUCUAUAUCAUCUACAACCAAUUUAAUUAAACCUAAUUUAGAUCCAACUACAUUUACUAAACAAUUAAUGAUUAAUCAAUCAAUGUUAGAUGAUAAUUAUAUUACUCAACCUAUUGAUCAUAUAGCAUGUGAAUUAGCUAGAAGUUAUAUCAAACCAGCAACAUGGAAAGAUUUAUAUUGGUCAUUAAUUGGUAAACGUCAUUUAUCUAAUAAUGAAUUAAUAAUUAAAGCAUUAUUUUCAUGGUUAUGUUCAAUACCAAUUGGUAAAUUACCAUUUUUAACAUAUGAUGAAUUAAAACAAGCUGAACAAGAUAAUAUUCAAUAUGCUAAAGAAGCAUUAAAUAAUAAAACAAAACAAUUAAAAUUAGAUUCACCAGAAUUUAUAUUAAAUGAAAUGUCUUAUGGUAAAGCAACAUAUCUUCAAGCUUUUGAAUCAUUAUGUCAUUAUUCAAAUAUACCAUGUGUAACAGUGAAAGGUUUAGCUAAAGGUGUUGAUUAUGUAGUUGGUAUGCGUUUAACUGAUAUAAAUGAUCAAUUACAACAACAACAAUCAUCAUCAUCAGCAGCAUCAUCAUCGUCAUCAUCAAUUAUGCAUCGAUUACAACAUGCAUGGAAUGCUGCUUAUAUAGAUAAUAAAUGGGCAUUAUUUGAUCCAAUGUGGGCAGCGCAACGUUUAGCUGUUAGUGCUAAUACACGUUUAUCUCAAUUAGUACAAACUGGUCAAAUGGAUUAUGAAACUGAUAUGUUUUAUUUUAAUGUUGAUCCAGCUAAAUUUAUUUAUUCACAUUUUCCAUUUGAUGAAAAUUGGCAAAUGUUAAAACCACCAGUUACAUUAAAAGAAUUUGAAAACAGUGUUCUAUUGAAACCAGCUUUCUUCCGUCAUGGUCUUGGAUUGCUAUCACAUCAAGAUUGUGUUAUACUUGCACCAAAUAAACUUGUUAUAAAAUUAUCCAUGCCAAAGACUUUAACAGAUACAUUGAAAUUUACAUUCAAUUUAAAAUAUGAAGGGAAGGAUGAUAAUCUGGAUUUACCAAAUCUAAGUCAAUUUGGAAUACAUGAAUUAUCAAGACGUGAUGCAACGGUUACAUUUCAUUUUCGUUUUCCAAAACCUGGUGGUUAUAAGCUUACUUUAUAUGCACAACGUAUUGGUGAAAAGUUAUUUGCAGAUAUAUGUGAAUAUCGUGUAGAAUCAAAAAUGAGUACCGAUUUACAACAAACAGAACCGGUUGUUAUAGAUACUACUACUACUACUAGUAAUAAUAAUAAUAAUGGUACUUCAAAACCAGCUCUUACAAUUCUACCAUUUCCUCCAACAUCACAAGGACAUUAUGGUCCAGCUGAAAAAGCUAAUGAAUUAGAUAUUAUUACUAUACCAGAAGAUUUAGAAACUCACUUAAAUUGUCAUACUGGAAUAUUAGAAAUUAAAUUUACAACUAAAGAUCCACAACGCAAGCUUCCACGUUUAACUGCACGUUUAAAAUCAUCAAUUCAUGAAACAUCAAUGCUUACUGAUUGCAUACUAUUGCGUAAUAUUGAAGCAACAUCACCGGGUAGUUUAAUUUCUGCAACAAAUCGUUUAUCUGGUACACAAACUAUACAAGGAUCACGUAUUAAUAUGAUAAUAUUGACAGCAUAUUUACCAACAGGUGGUGAAUAUGCAUUAGAGGUUUAUGGUGCACCAGCUGAUUCAGAUGAGAAUACUUCAUAUUUCUUGGUUUGGCAGUUUUUAAUAAAUUCUGAAUAUGGAGUUCGAUUAUCUACUCCAGUUAGAAAACGUUUAGCUACAAUGAAUCUAGGUCCUCAAGAUGAAACAUGGUCUACAUUAGGUUUAAAAUUACUUAGUCAUGAUGAUCCUUUAAUUCAUGUUCCAACAGCUGGUUCUAUUGAAUUACAAAAAACUAGAAGUAAAUCAGAAAUUAUGAGUCAGUAUAUGAGUCAAGGAGAUAAAAUUAUGAAUGGUGUAUCUACAAAUGAUUCAUUAAUAGUUCCUACAACAUCACCAGAUCAAACAAAUGAAAUACAUGAUGAAGUACAAGAUCCACGUAGUUGUGAUUUGAAAAUAAGAAUUUCCAAAGAAUCUCAACAAAAACUUUAUGUCGUUGGACAGUUUGUAGAUAUAAGUACACCAGAGGAAGAGGAUUGUACAAAUUAUCUUUUACAACAAUGGGAUGAAAUUGACGAACCAAAUAUAAAUGAACAUUUAACCUAUUUUAUUCGUAUACCAAAAGGUGAUCAUUAUUAUAAAUUAUAUAUAUAUGCAAUACCAAUUAAUAAUAAUGAAUUACCACAAUCAUUACCAUUAGUUUAUACAUAUUUAAUUGAAGCACCACCACGUAUUAUGUCAUCUGAAAUACCAUAUAUUGGUGUAAAAUGGGGUGGAUUUCCUGAAAAAUUAGAGCAACAACAACAACACCACCAACAACAACAAAACCACCACCACCCCCAACAACAACAACAACAAAACCACCACCCCCAACAACAAAUAACUAUUACAUAAUUCUUUAAAUCGACUUCUGUUUUUUUGUUAUUUUUUCGAGCGCCAUUUUAAUAUUGUAAAAAAAACAGUAUGGUAUUAUUUUCUAAUAAGUAAUGAACUUGGAUUCUUGUUUUUGUUUUGUUUUUGCAAUUUCUUCUUUAUUGACUUUGUGUUGUUGAUUAAAUGAAUGAUGAUGCUAACUUAUAAAGACUUUAUGCUGUUGUUGUUGUGAUUGUUUUUUCUUAUUUUUUUGCUUUUUUUUGCUUGUUGUUUACUUCAUAAGAUUAUUCAAUUGAAAAUUCUGUUUCGUUUGUUUCGCUUAUCAUUUAUUAUGGUUCAUUUGAUUGAUUGAUUGAUCGAUCGAUUGAUUGACUGACUGAUUGAUUGAUUGGUUGGUUGAUUGGUUGAUUGAUUGAUUGAAAUGAUCCAUUUAAUAGGUUCCAGCCAAAAAAAACAGAAAAAAGAUCAGAUCUUCUUUAUAUGCUUAUUAGGAUCAUUUGAAGAUAAAUACGCUCAUAGAUAUUAUGUAAUAGUGACUUGUUUUUUUGUUAUUUCAGUGCCUGUUUUGCAAUAUGUUCAUGUGUAAGAAUGUUAAUGUGAUACUUUGAGUGUGUGUGUGUGUGUGUAAGUUGUUAUUCUUAUAUGCUUAAAAGUAAGUCAAUGAAUUCACAUUCAAUUUUUUUGUUUUUUUGUUUUUUUGCAAUUUAUUUCGAAGAUGUUAUAACUUGUGAGUUUAUACCCUUAUCAAUAAUAUAAACGUAAUGAUAUCACCAGUUAGUG